AUGGCCACUUCAGGAUCCACUCGUCGCUCAUCCAAGAGGAUUGCUGAGCCCGAGCCCACAGUGCGUCGUACUCGUGUCCGACGCUCACUAAGCCCCAAAGGUGGUCAGUCAAAGGCGAAGUCCAAACCGAAGGCCACAUCGAAGCCUUCAGCCAGAACAGCAUCUGCAGGGAAGUCCUCAACCAAAACUUCGAGUAAGGGCCCUUCCCGCUCUGGAACCAAGAGUGGAACCUCUUCCACGGUCGUCGCUGGACGUCGCCCGGCCGUUGUUCCUCAAGAUGAACCUCCUCGCAUGCCUGCCAAGAGACACAAGGUUCUGGGCACUGUUUACGCCUCCUCUGAUGAAGAUGAAUCUGGAUCGGACCGAGAGGAAGACGAUGAAGGUCCUGAGGACCAUUUCGAGGGCCUCAACAAGGAAACUCUGCAUGCCGAGGGUGUUACUAUCGGGCGCCAGUCAGAGCAUGAGCGUGCCAAGCCAAGGGCUAGUGACCGUGACCGCGACUUCAUCGAGUUCGUCGACGGUGAAGAUGAUAGCACCCCCGAAGCUGCCCGGAAGGCUAGCAAACGUGCUCUUGAACGUCAGGAAGAGGUCCCCCGUUUUGCGACACCUUCGCUUGAGAGCAAUAGCCAUCCCGCCUCUGUCUUUAGCUCCCCGGUACACCCUUCGGACGACGAAGAUGAAGACGAUGAAGAGAAAACUGAACAAGGUUCCGAUUCCAACUCUGGCUCUGAGGGUGAUGAGCUUCCGAUAGCUCGUGCCUAUCCUGGCUGCCUUCUCGACUCACAGUACCCCAACUCCACUUGGCUUGUCCCACCACCACCUGGCACUCGUCACCCCCGACUUGGAGAGCAACAACCCGAGGUCAAAGCGGUCAUCACUGCGGGUAUAGAGAUGAUCGUCGGGCACGCACUCUUCCAAAAUCCGUUCAUCAGCGUCGACCUCAACUAUCGCUCCCAACGCAAACUCCUUACCAAGGAAGCGACACGGCUUGGUGACGAGAACCCUAAUUCUGGAUAUCACGAUAUCGCUCGCCGAAUCCGUGGGGACAACAACUAUGGUAUAACCCUUGCCCGGAUGAUUAUGCAACGCAUCGCCAACCUACGUGGCAAUUGGAAGAAGAUAGCCAUCCACAAGGUCCAAGCUGCCUACAACCUCAACUCGGCCAAUCCUACUCAAGUCGUCGAGAAGGUCAAGAAGGAGUUAAAGGGGCUGACGUUGGUCUACCCCCGAAACAGUGCUGGCAACAUUGUACGAACGGAGCCCUUCAUGCAUGACUGCAUUCUGCAAGUCGUGCGUGAUGGUCUGUUCCUCAGAUCUGGCCGACAGUCCACUGCCCAGAAAUAUGAUUCACUUUUUCCGACAGCAUCCUUCGGGACUGGUGACAGGGCCAUCAUCCGUCGCAUGGCUCCUGACGCCGCAGUCUGCUUUGCCGCCACAGUGGUCCACGCUGCGUUGGAUGAUUGGCUGAAUGGGCACCGUGUCGCUACUCAUUUCAAUGCAGAUACAUAUGAAGAUGUGUACAAGAACAUGCUCGAGGUUCUUGAUACAAUUCGCAAGGCUCGCGAUGGAAAGGUGUACAAUACCUUGAUGGCUCGUAUCUUCACUGAAUGCAGCAAGGGUACCCCUUCCGCUAAUGCUGCCACCGUUGAAGAAGCCAUCGCCAACCUUGACAUUGACAACAUGCCUUUGGACAUCGUCGGAUUGGAGGCUGAGGACGCUGGUAGCCCUUAA